AUGACCGGCUCCGACGCCGUGAUUGGCGGGCUGCCGGGCGGCGCGGUGAAGGCGUAUGCCAUAAGCGGGUACAGCGAGGCGGACGUGCGCCCCACCACCCGAUUCUCCAUCGGCUCCGCCUCCUCCGCCAAUGGUGGCUCUCUUAUCAAGUUCUCUCGGUCGUCUGGCGACGGCGCAGUGCCGGUGAGCAUGGCGGGGAGCAACAGCAUCAUCUGGGCCUUCUCCAGCGAUCAGUCGCCAGCCCUCGCCAACCAUGGCGGCAACUAUGGCCAGGCAAGUGUGGACUUUAGCUGCACAGGGCCCCUGGCGGCGGGAAUCGAGGCGGCAUGCUGCCGGGGUGACGCGGCUGGGCGGAGAGGCGGUAGAACCGAGGCAGGCGCGCAGAGGGGAAGAGCGAUCCGCGCACGGGCGGGUGGUGCAGGGGAGCCGUGGUCGGGGGAAGGAGAGCAGCGACGGGAGGUCGGGGACGCGGAGGGCUGCGUUGCAGAGCUGCGCGGGGAGGCGGACACUGAAGGGAGUUCCGCCAUGGGCGGAGCAAUGAGCGCGGGGAGGGGCAGCGGCGAGUGGGACGUGGAGCACGCGGAGGACCGUCCCGUGCUGUGCUUCCCUGGCGGCGGGAUGUUCUUCUACUGGCAGAUGGGGGCGGCGGCGGUGGUAUCACGGCACGGCGCGGUGGACAGUGCACGGCUGGUGGGGGCGAGUGCGGGCGCGCUGGCAGCCACGCUCACAGCGUGCGGGGUGGACGCCACCGCUGCUGCGCGCGCCGCCUUCGACCUCUCCCUUGCCAACGGAGUCUGGGAUCGCCCUGCAGGGCUGGCAGGAGUGUGGGGGCGGCUGGUGGGCGAGUGGCUGGACCUCAUGCUCCCUGCGGAUGCUCACACGCGCUGCACUCACCGCCUCUCCCUCCACAUAGUCACACUGCCCUCCAUUCGCCAUCGCGCGCCGUGGUUCCAGAGGCAGGUGGUGUCGCAGUUCGCAUCGCGCGCGGACCUGAUAGCGUGCUGCCUGGCAUCCGUGCACAUCCCCUUCUUCAUGGACGGCCGCCCCUGGACGCUCUACCGCGGCCGCCGAUGCGUUGAUGGAUCCAUUCUUGCCAUGCCGGAGCACCUCGCCCCGGCCUCUGCGUCCUCUCUCUUCCUCGACUUCGCACUGGACGAG